AAUAAUAACUUGACUAAUAAUACGAACAAAAAAAAGAGUUCUUUGAUUAAUAAUUUAAACAAAAAAAAAUGCGUUAUGACAAGUAAAAAAAAAAAAAAUUCUGUAACUACAAAUACACACAAAAAAAAAUACACUGAUACUACUGACAAACAAAAAACAAAAAGUGCAUUAACCACAAAUGAUCGCAGAAAAAUUAUUUCUUCUAAAUUAAAAAAAAACAAUUUGAAACCUACAAAUCAAAACGCGCUUGAAACAAAAAAUACAUCUGUAAUUAACGGAUCUACAAAUAAAAAUACAUCUAAAAUUUUAUCACCUAAAAUUAAAAAUUGUAUGAACAAGGCUAUUGAUAAUGAGGACGAUAUAAUUAUUAGUAAUGACAACGAUAGCUGUUAUGAUGGUACAGACCAUCAUGAUAAUAUAAACAUUGAUGUUGAUGAUAAUUUGAUAUCGAUUUAUCGUAAAGAAAAUUGGCCCACAAUUUUAAACAAAUUGAGUGAUCCUUCAACAGGAAUUGAGGUAUUCAAAAGUAUUUUAUUUUACAAAGUGUAUGAUGAGACAAUGCAUCAAUAUACUAAAACUAAAUCAAAUAUUCAGAAAAUGAAAAAACGUUGCCUAAAAUGGAAGAUGAAGUAUGAAUGUUUGGCAUUUGAAAUGAAAACAUUAUUAGAAAGUACARAAAGUGAUGGAAAUACAAGACAUAUCAGUAUUCAACAUCAAAAUCAAAAGGAUACAACAUUAUGUAAAAAUAUUGGAGUCGGAGAGCAAGAAAACGAAGCUGGAAUACAAAAAACAGUUUCUACWAACCAUAUCACACCAGAAAACUUCAAAACUUUAAAAUUAUACCAACAAUCUUUAAACAGUGAAAACAAAAGUCCAACUGAAUCUAAAAUAGAUAUUAAGUCAACUAAACCUAAAGAAAUUGAAAUGAAUAUAGUGUUUACACCAGUGAUGGUUGAUUUGAUCAAAGAAACAGUUUCAAUGUUAAGCUCAGAAUCGUUAAAAAGUAAUAAAAGAAAUUUAACCGAAUCUGACGCAUGUAUUUCAAGUGUUAAAGCUAAAAUAUCAAAAACUAAACAUUCUUCUGUUCUAAGUAUUGAUCAUUUGGACCCACCAGAUACAACAGUUUCAACAAUAAACUUAAAUUCAUUUUAUAGUAAACAAAAMAAUUUAAAUCGAUCUGACUCCGUUAUUAAGAUGACUCAUUCUAAAAUGAUUGAAUCAAAUUUGCCUUAUACUCCACUUUUAAGUACUCCAAAACCUUCAACAAUUAACCCAAAAUUGUUAGAUAGCCAAAAAUCUAAUUUAAUUCAAAGUGAUUCAAGUAUUAAGUUAUCUAAAUUUUUAAUAAAUGAAUUUAAUGAACCUGCUUCUUCAAACUACAUCGAUUUAAGUGUAGACAGCCCACAAGAUAUGACAGCUUCAAGAUUAAGUCCAAAUUUUAUUCAACAUAAUACAGCUAUUCAGAUGACUAAAUCUAAAUGCAUUGAGUCUAAUGAAUAUUCUUCUUCAGUGUCCACAAAUGUAUGUCCAAAUACUCCUAUUUUGACACAAUAUGACCCAGAAAUUGAAAUAUGUGAAUUAACUGAGUCCGAUGUGAUUGAUUAUUAUGAACCUUUCAUGUCAGAUUCCAUUGAUAGUACUGUAAACUAUCAACCAGUUAUAACAACUUUAGGGUUAAGUUCUUAUUCGUCAAGUAGUCAAGCAAUCAUUGAGACUCAAUAUAACACAGAUACUAUGAAUACAAAAUCUCAGUUUAUGGAGUCUACUCCAGCAUACAUCGAUUUAACUGCAGACAGUCCACCAGAUUUAACAGAUUCAAGUGAAAGCCUCAAUACGUUUGUUGGUCAGUCACGUUUGACUCAACACAACACACAAAUUGAGUGUUAUGAACCUWCUACAGCAGCAUCUUUUGCUUUAACUGUAAACAAUCCACCGGAUAUGAUGAAUUCAAGGUUUAACAAUGAAAACAAUAUAUUCACAGAAUAUAAUGAAGGUAUUAAGCUAAUUUCAUCUACUUCAAUGUCCACUGAUUUAAACAGAAAUAUUCCAACAUUUUCAAGUUCAUCUUCGAGAGAAAUAUCUCCGUUGAACUAUAAUCCUAAUUUGAACAUGUUUGAUCAACCAAGAGUUGAUGUAUUAGUAGUUGAAAAAGAUGCACAACUUUCGACAUUAAAUUCAAGUAGAAUGAAACGUGUAGAUUGGAAAAGCCCUAAUAAUCURAUGGUUAUCCCAAAAAAAGUUCCAAUCAUGAAAUCCCGUGAACGUGCUGUUCUUCCAGUUGCUAUCAAACGACUUAAAGGGUUAAAACCAAAUGUGAAUAUACCACCACACUAUCCACUGUUAAAUGAAUUACUUACACAACAGACAAAUAAAAUAAUAAAACCGGAUAAAAUAAAUUUUGUAUCAAACAUACCAAUUCUUUCUGUCAUUAAUCAAAUGAAAGUAAAUUCACAACCAACUAACACAACUAUUGAAAUGGAUCAAAUAAAUAUGUUCAAUACACCUGUCAUUCACCUUAAUAAUCGAAUGAAAGCACCAUUACCUGAUGUUGUUUAUGAAAGCACUCAAAUAACGAAUGAAAAYAAUUAUCAGGAGACUAUUCAAUCAAAUUAUACAUAUAAUCCACUUAAAGCACCACACCAAAUCAAACCUGUACCCAUAGCUAUUCCGUUACCAUCUUCAGAAAUAAUCUAUGAUUAUUCAACCGAGGUAUAAAUCAUUUGUAUUUAAAAUAUUAUAAGCAUAUAAAUAUACUUUUUUAAGUAUUGAUUUUAUUUUG